AUGAACGCUCGCAGAGGGGGAUAUGACAUCCUCACUCAGAGUCCCUUCUACGACCACCGAAAUAGCCAGCAUGAGACAUUACUUGAGCGGUUGCAGAACAGUACUCUUAUAACCUACGGACUUGCGACUGUCUUAGUGAUCUAUUUCAUUCUGAACUAUACGGGCGUCGCCCCGUCGUCCAUUCCACAGGCUUUGUGGAACCUUGUCGUCCAUCUCACACCCUCUCGAAUCGUGGUUGUCCUAGACUCGAAAACGACAAAUCCCGACUCGACAGAUCAGAAUCUACACUCGAUGAGCUUCCAGGCGAAAAGCGAAGCAAUGCAACGAAUUCUCGGGCUCAAUCACUCCUCUUUCGCCGCAUUUCUUCCACGUUCGAAUACCUUCUCGGGAUUUGGGACAGCGUUGUUGGGUAACAAGGAUAGCCUGCCCCCUGGGCUCGGGAACUGGGACAAUUCAUGCUAUCAAAACAGCAUCAUUCAAGGCUUAGCGUCUCUAGACUCGCUUGAGGAGUUUCUGGGGCGCAACAUUCAAGACCUUGGAGAGAAAGGACCCCUCUCGACGCACGCGGCGCUCAAAACCAUUAUCGAGCGGCUGAAUAGCGCAGAUAAUCAUAGUCAGCGCUUAUGGACCCCGGCGGAUCUGAAAUCGAUGAGCAGCUGGCAGCAGCAGGAUGCGCAGGAGUAUUUUGCGAAGGUGGUGGGACAAAUUGACCAGGAGGUGCAGCAGGCUACCAAGCGCCAGACCAACAACUUGGGCUUGAAAAUGGCUGGGCCGGGGGAGCAUAUUGUCGGAUCUGGAGCGUUGUCCAGAACUUUGGAUGAUGUACAGGAUUCAUUGUCUCGCCGAAAUCAUCCUCCUCGCAAUCCUCUGGAGGGACUCCUUGCGCAAAGGGUGGGUUGCAUGAAGUGCGGAUGGACCGAAGGUCUUUCACUCAUACCGUUCAAUUGCUUAACCCUACCGCUCGGAGUGAAAUAUGAAUAUGAUUUGCGGGAUUGUCUUGACCAGUACAUGCAUCUAGAGCCUAUUGAAGGCGUCGAGUGUGCAAAGUGCACUUUACUACGGGCCAAGGACCAGCUUGGAAACCUUCUUAAACAGAUUGAAGACGACGCAAAGCUGCAAAGCGGUACAGAAUCCCCGAACAUGUCGAACGCCCUUCAGACAUCGGCUCAAGAGCGAUUGCGCGCUGUGGAGGAGGCCCUCGAGGAAGACGAUUUCGCGGAAAAGACCCUGACGAAGAAAUGCCAUAUUCCCACCAAAAGUCGUGUCACGUCGAUAAAGUCAAGACAGGCGGUGAUCGCAAGGACACCAAAUUGUCUUGUGAUACAUAUCAACCGGAGUGUAUUUGACGAAAAUACUGGGAUGCUCAGGAAGAAUCAUGCAGCCGUCCGGUUUCCGAAUGUCCUUGAUCUAAAUGAAUGGUGUCUAGGCAAAAAGUCCUCCGCUUGUGAUCAGAAGGACACUGAGCAAUGGGAUACUGACCCUCGCGAGUCUAUGCUCCCUGAAGCUGGCUCGACUGCUAGUGUAUCUGGGCGACUUUUCCAACUGCAAGCGGUGGUUACCCAUUACGGCCGCCAUGAGAACGGACACUACAUCUGCUACAGAAAGUAUUCAUCGAAGACUUUCCCAACUCACGUCCCAGAUACUGUUGUGGAGGCGGAUGGCGAGAAAGAAAAAUCCGAGCGCUGGUUCCGACUAAGCGAUGACGACGUACAGAUGGUCAGUGAGGCCAGUGUGAUGUCGCAGGGCGGUGUGUUCAUGCUGUUCUACGAAAUGAUUGAUCGGUUACCCUCCGAACAUACUGAAAUGGAACAUUUAUAUGCUGCCGAAGGUGAAGAGACAGAGUCCAUCUCCAGUUUUGUUGCAUCGGAAGAUAUGUCCACCACAUCUACGAUCACAGAGGGUUCCUGCGACACAUCCCCGGCGACAAGUGUAUCCGCUUCAGCAAGGGCUGAGACCCCUUUCGAAAAGGUUUAG